CUCCCUGCCCCCUCCCAGCCCAGGACCUCCGGGAGCAGCAGCUGCUGACACACAGGAGACACGUACCUGAGGAGGACCCCAAACUGCAAGCUGCCCGCCCCCCAUCCAUGUGCCGGGGAGAGCAGACAGCUGAUCAGGCUGGAUGUUCCAUUCCUUCCCAUUUCGUUUUAUGGAGGACUCCACCUCCUUCACUGCCUGGAACGACCUCCGCAUCGGGAAUAGUUCCAAUGAUAACCAGAGUUACUGCUACAACGGGCAGGCGGGAAGCACUGUCCUCCAAGGGGUAACGUUUGGAGGAAUCCCCACUGUCUUGGUGCUGGACGUCAUCUGUUUUGUGUUGUUGCUGCUAGUUUUCUCCAUCAUUCGGAAGAAAUUCUGGGAUUAUGGACGGGUGGCACUUGUAUAUGACAAUGACAGUUUGCCAGAGUGGAGUUACCGUAGAUUAUCCUCACAGUCCUCUUUUAAUGAGGAACUAGAAAAGGACAAGGGAUUUUGCUCCUGGAUAUCCUCUGCAUUUCAGAUGCGUGAUGAAGACUUCUUUGAGCAGUGCGGAGAAGAUGCUUGUCACUACCUCUCCUUCCAGCGUCACCUCAUAUUCUUCCUGGUUGUCGCCAGCGUCCUCUCCAUUGCCAUCAUAUUGCCGGUCAACCUCUCUGGGUCUUUACUUGAAAUGGACCCUUAUAGCUUCGGCAGGACCACAAUAGCAAAUUUACAGCAUGAGGACAGUCUCCUUUGGGUCCACACGGUCAUAGCCAUCAUAUUUCUCAUCCUAAUCGUCGUCCUCAUGCGACAUCACACGUCUGCCAUAAAAUACAAGAAGGAGAAUCUGGUGGAGCAGACGCUGUUCAUAACGGGGCUGCCCCGUGAUUCUGAUAAGGAGACCAUCAGCAGUCACUUCAGUGAAGCCUAUCCAACAUGCCGAGUGGUCGACGUACAUUUGUGCUAUGACAUCGCUGACCUUCUCCGAGUUUCCAGUGAGAGGAAACAAGCUGAAAAAAGCCUUGCGUACUAUAUCAAACUGCAUACCAGAACCGGGGAGUACACUUUUAUUAACUCCAAGCCAUGUGGACAGUUCUGCUGUUGUGAAGUUUCUUGCUGUGAGCGGAUUGAAGCUAUUGAAUAUUAUACUGCAGUCAAAGAGAAGCUGGAGCUGGAAUACGCAUCCAAGCUGGAGCAGACGCGUACUAUGCCCAUUGGGAUAGCUUUUGUGACUUUUUCUGAUAAGUCCAUGGUGACUUUCAUCCUGAAAGAUUUCAACGCCAUCAAGUGCCAUCGCUACAAAUGUGCGACAGAACCGCAGCCAUCGCGCUUCAGCAAACAGCUUCAGACCACAAAGUGGUCGGUGACCUAUGCCACCUACCCGGAGAACAUCUCGUGGGGGAAUAUCUCCAAGCAGGGAGUAAAAUGGUGGGCACGGUGCCUGGCAAUCAAUUUUUUCCUUUUCAUUGUGCUGUUUUUCCUCACCACACCAUCUAUUAUUAUUACUACGAUAGACAAAUUCAAUGUCACCAAGCCCAUCUACUAUCUGAAUAACCCGGUGAUCAGCCAGUUCUUCCCCACCCUCCUGCUGUGGUCGUUCUCCUCCUUAUUACCAACCAUCGUGUAUUACUCAACCAUCUGGGAGGCCCACUGGACAAAGUCUGCAGAAAAUCGUAUCAUGAUGCAUAAAGUCUACAUCUUCCUCAUCUUCAUGGUCCUCAUUUUGCCAUCUCUUGGCCUGACCAGCUUGGACGUCUUCUUUCGGUGGCUCUUUGACAAGUCCUCCCACGUUAACGGUCAAAUCAGACUAGAAUGUGUCUUCCUGCCGGAUCAAGGCGCCUUCUUUGUCAACUACGUCAUCGCCUCAGCGUUUAUUGGCAAUCCGAUGGAGCUGCUGCGUCUUCCAGGCCUCAUUUUGUACACCUUUCGCAUGAUAGUGGCCAAGUCUGCUGCUGAGAGACGGAACAUAAAGCAGCACCAGGCCUUUGAAUUCCAGUUCGGAGCCAUGUAUGCCUGGAUGUUGUGCGUGUUCACCGUUAUCACUGCCUACAGCAUCACCUGCCCCAUCAUUGUGCCUUUUGGUUUGAUCUACAUGUUGCUGAAGCACCUCGUGGACAGACACAACCUGUACUACGCAUAUCUGCCCACAAAACUGGACGGCGAGAUCCACUUUUCAGCCGUCAAACAGUCCCUGGCCGCCCCGAUAUUGUGCAUUAUGUGGCUCUUUUUCUUCACUCUGCUUCGAAUGGGUUUCCAAGGUGCCACACUGUUCAGCCUGAUUGUCAUGCUGAUAACGAUCCUCAUCAGUAUCUCCUAUACUUGUUUCGACUGCCUCAAACAUCUCAGUCCUUUGAAUUACAAGAUAGAAGAAUCUACUCCUGGAGCAGACACUCCAUUCAAGAAAGAAGUCCCUCCAAAGUCACUGACGUACGUCCCCAGUGUCUUGAAAGCUUCGCCAUCCGAGAGCACUCAGCUGGAGCAGGAUUUCCAUCCGUCAUACGGAGCCGUGGAGGACACAGAGACGACGACUCACACAGACGAGGCUCACCACGUAUCGUGGGACGUCCCUGAGUCUAUGGAAACCAAAGACCAGUCCUAGUGCGACAGCAGCGACCAAACACACCAGUAGAUAGGAAGGAACUCUGCCUGCAGGAUACCUGCUUAAUGGCCCAUCAGAACCGGAGUUGUCCCUGAAGACAAGCUGCUAUGAUGGGGGUGAUGACUGCAUAGCCCAUUGCUGCUCCACUGCUCCUAUCAACAGGACAUCUACAAUCUUGUAAAGGGUUUGUCCCAUUAGGACGACCUGUAUGAAUGUGCCCCUUUUAAAUCAUAGUGGGACACCCGAUGUUAGCAAUAGCAGAGCGCCACCUCAAAUGUUUAAAUUGAAAUCAUGUAAUUCCACAUUUCUCCUGUAGUGGUCACUAGUAUCCAGCUGCAACACCAGGGGGGUCCUUUAAAGGGGUUGUCCGGGUUCAGAGCCUCCAUUUUCACCCAGGCAGUCCCCCUGACUUGAGCAUCGGAGCAGUUCAUGCUAAAUCGCACAGGGCAAAGGCAUUUUCAGGAGUUCCGGUG